AUGUAUAAGUCAUCGAGUGCUUUUCUGUUUUUGUUGCCGGCAACACUAUACCUAACCCUGUUUCCUGCGAUUAAUGGAGCCAAUAUUUUUGUUAUACUACCCACCUUUAGUCCUUCCCAUUUGAUCUUUGAAACUUCGGUGGCCAAGACAAUGGCCGAAAGAGGCCACAAUGUAACGGUGGUAUCUCUGUUGCCUCUGCGAGAGGAAUGGUUACAUCCUAGUAUGACUUACAUACAAAUGGGGUCGGUAAAAGGAAAUUCAGAUUUGUGUAUAUCAGCUACACGAGGAUUUGGCAUAAGAAGGUUUCUAAAUGCCUUGGAUCUGAUGGAUACUUUGAAACGAGCCAUGGCUGAAAUGCUGGAGCAUCCUAAAAUGCAGGAACUAUUACAUAAUCGCGACAAUAAAUUUGAUCUCAUUUUAUAUGGAUACAUGUAUAUUGACUUCGUCUAUGGUCUGGCAGAACAUUUUGAUUGUCCAGUGGCUUUGUUAUGGGCCAAUAUGCCUGUAGCUCCUUUGAUGCAGAUUAUAGGAAAUCCAAUGGAGAUGAGUUAUACACCUUUGGGUGUAAUGAAUUCCAUACCCUGGGAUUACAACUUGGGUCUUUUAUUUCGUGUGAAGAAUAUAUUUUCAAUUGCUGCAGAAUAUUUUAUGCUGUUGUUGAAUCAUUGGAGCAUCGAAGGAAUUUACAGAAAACAUUUUGGUCAAUACGCCAGCAUGUCUAAGGCCAAGGAGCGAGUUUCAAUGGUUCUCUUCAGCCAUCAUUUCAGUGAAAAACCUGUACCUUUGGUUCCAGCAAUGAUAGAAGUUGGCGGCAUACACCUCAACGAACAACCAGAUCCUUUGCCUAAGGACAUUGAAAACUUCAUAACUGAUGCCGAGGAGGGAGUCAUCCUCUUCACUUUGGGCACAAAUGUCAAGGAGGAUCAUCUACACCCUAAGACUUUGGAUAAAAUCUACAAUGUUCUUUCAAAAUUGCCCCAAAAAGUUCUGUGGAAGUGUGAUGAUGAGUACCGAAUACCAGGAAAUUCUUCGAAUAUACUUUUCCGUAGUUGGUUGCCACAGCGCGAUAUUUUGGCUCACCCAAAGGUGAAGUUACUAUUUGGACAUGGCGGCAAAGGUGGCAUAACUGAGGCGAAAUUUUAUGGUGUCCCCAUAGUGGGAAUGCCUUUGUUUGCCGAUCAAUUUUUAAAUAUGAACGAAGUGGUUGUUAACGGUUAUGGCUUGAUGUUAGAACAUGGUGAAGCCUUGAAUGAUGUUAUCAUCUAUGCAACGGUUAACGAAGUUUUAGAAAACAAGACAUAUUCGCGAAAUGUUAAACAAUUUUCAAAACUGUAUCGCGAUAGACCUUUGAGCAUUAAGGAUAAUGCUGUUUAUUGGUUGGAAUAUUUAAUACGCUACAAGGGGGCAUUGCAUAUGCAGAGUCCUCUGAAAACCAUGUCCUUUGUGGAAGCCAAUAACUUGGAUUUGUAUUUAUUGUUAAGUAUUGCUUUAUAUUUACUUUGGAGAAGUAUAAAAUUUUUCGCCAAAGGAGUGGUAGACCUUGAAACGCAUAUAAGCAAUUUUAAAAUUAAAAUGGAUUAA